AUGGACGAAAACUACGACGUCAUUGUCCUCGGCACUGGUCUUACCGAGUGUGUUCUUUCUGGUCUUUUGUCUGUGGAUGGCAAGAAAGUGCUCCACAUUGACAAGCAGGACUUCUAUGGUGGUGAACUGGCUUCAUUGAACUUGCUGCAAUUGUACAGUAAGUUCAAGCCUUCUGCCCAGAAACCAGAGACUAUUACCGGUAGAGACAGAGACUGGUGUGUCGAUUUGAUUCCCAAGUUUUUGAUGGCCAAUGGUGAGUUGGCCAACAUUCUUGUACACACAGAUGUGACCAAGUACAUGGAGUUCAAGCAGAUUGGCGGCAGUUACGUGUACAGAUCUGGCAGAAUCAGUAAGGUUCCAUCUAACGAAGUCGAGGCAUUGAAGUCGUCUUUGAUGGGUAUCUUUGAGAAGAGAAGAAUGAAGAGAUUCCUUGAGUUCGUCGCCAACUACGACGAUAACGUGGCCUCCACCCACCAGGGUUUGGACUUGGACAAGAACACCAUGAACGAGGUGUUUACCCACUUCGGGUUAGAAAGAGGUACUAAGGACUUCAUUGGCCAUGCAAUGGCUUUGUGGGCUAACGACGACUACCUUAAUGAGGUUGCCAGACCUUCUUAUGAGAGAAUCCUUCUCUACGUCCAGUCCGUCGCCAAGUACGGUAAGUCGCCAUACAUUUACCCAUUGUACGGUUUGGGCGAAUUGCCACAGGGUUUCGCCAGAUUAUCUGCCAUUUACGGUGGUACUUACAUGUUGGACACGCCUAUUGACGAGGUGUUGUACGACGAUGACAAGAAAUUCGCCGGUGUGAAGACCAAGGAGGGUGUCGCUAAGGCUCCAAUCGUCAUUGCCGACCCUACUUACUUCCCUGAGCGUGUCAAGAAGACUGGCCAGAAGGUUAUCAGAGCCAUGUGCAUUAUGGAUCACCCAGUUCCUAAUACUCACGACUUGGACUCUGUUCAAAUCAUCAUCCCACAGAACCAGGUCGGCAGACAAAACGACAUUUACAUAGCCGUCUUGUCUGAUGUCCACUGUGUUGUUCCAAAGGGCUACUACUUGGCCAUUGUUUCCACAAUUGUGGAGACCGCUACCCCACACGUUGAGUUGGAGCCUGCCUUCAAGCUUUUGGGCUCCCGUCUUGACACCUUGAUGGGCCUUGCAGAGUUGUAUGAGCCACAAGAUGACGGCAGCGAGAACAGCAUCUACCUUUCCAAGAGUUACGACGCUUCCUCCCAUUUCGAGUCUGCCACCGACGACAUCAAGGAUCUCUACUUCCGUGUCACUGGUAAGCCAUUGGUUUUGGAGAACCGUGCUGCCGACCGUGACUUCGAACACGACGAGUAA